CUGUCCUCAACUCACACAUAUUCUUCUCCACCGCUAACGCUUUUGCUACUGCUACUGCUACUGCUACCACCCAAUAUUCAGAUACUGAGAAAAUGGCCACUAACACAUUGAUGAGCUGUGGCAUUGCCACUGCUUUCCCUUCUCUUCUUUCUUCUUCCAAGUCCAAAUUUGCUUCUUCUGUUCCUCUUCCUUGUGUUAAUGGCUCAUCUUCACGUAUCACCAUGUCUGCUGAUUGGAUGCCUGGCCAGCCCCGCCCGCCUUAUCUUGAUGGCUCAGCUCCUGGUGACUUUGGAUUCGACCCUCUUCGGCUAGGUGAGGUUCCAGAGAAUCUUGAAAGAUUUAAGGAGUCUGAACUCAUUCACUGCAGAUGGGCUAUGCUCGCUGUGCCUGGAAUCCUAGUACCAGAGGCCUUGGGUUUGGGCAACUGGGUGAAGGCACAAGAGUGGGCUGCAAUUCCAGGUGGUCAAGCAACUUACUUAGGCCAACCAGUUCCGUGGGGAACCCUUCCUACAAUUUUGGUGAUUGAGUUCUUAGCCAUUGCCUUUGUUGAGCACCAACGGAGCAUGGAGAAAGACCCUGAGAAGAAGAAGUACCCAGGUGGUGCUUUUGAUCCCUUGGGUUACUCCAAGGACCCUGCUAAGUUCCACGAAUACAAGGUCAAGGAAAUCAAGAAUGGUCGGCUAGCACUGUUAGCAUUUGUUGGGAUCUGUGUGCAACAAUCAGCAUACCCAGGCACUGGACCAUUGGAGAACUUGGCAACUCACUUGGCUGACCCAUGGCACAACAACAUUGGGGAUAUAAUCAUCCCCACAUCGUUUUCACCUUGAAGAAAUUUUUUUGUACCCGUUGUAAAAUCCUUUGUAACAAUCUUUGUAAUGAAACAGAAUUACCAUAUGUUUGGUCCGUGUAGAAUGAGAAAGUAUCUUAUGUUUUGUA